UUGUGUUCAGAGACCCGGAUUUGAGUCACAACCUGCACAUCAGAGAGGCAGAGUGGUGAUGAGUUGGUGCAUCCAUGAACACACGACGGCGUCACGGUCCUAGAAGCAGUCAGGAUGGGGUGUAUACUGGACUGUCUCAGACCCAGUCCCAGCUGGAAACCCCCCUGGCUGUCCUAGCACCCAUCGCCCCUGUCAUAGACACGUUCAGCAUGUCCUGCCGAGACCGUACCAGCGAGUUUCAGUCGGCGUGCAAGUCCCUGCAGGGGAGACAGAAUGGAGCACAACCUGUCAGAGCUCUCAACAGUGCAGUCACACAGCGGAGUGAAUUCACACUCUUGGCGAAGCGAAUUGGAAGAGACCUCAGCAACACUUUUGCCAAGUUGGAGAAGCUCACAAUCCUCACCAAAAGAAAGUCCCUUUUUGAUGACAAAGCAGCUGAAAUUGAUGAACUCACUUACAUUGUGAAGCAGGACAUUAACAGUCUAAAUAAGCAGAUAGCUGGCCUGCAGGAACUCAUCCAAUCACGGGGUGGACAGAAUGGCAGACAUCUUCAGACGCAUUCCAACACCAUCGUAGUCUCGUUACAGUCCAAAUUGGCGUCAAUGUCGAGUGACUUCAAGUCAGUCCUGGAAGUCAGAACAGAGAACCUAAAGCAGCAGAGAAGCAGGCAAGAGCAAUUUUCUCAGACUCCUGCCUCACCCUCCUCUUUCCACGCCAACAGCUUCAACAAUUCGGUGCUCAUGCAGGACGACUCCAAGAAGAUGGAUAUAUCUAUCGAUAUGGACCUCAGCUCCAGUCAGCAGAUGCAGUUAAUCAGUGAACGGGAGUCAUACAUUCAGAGCCGUGCUGACACGAUGCAGAAUAUAGAGUCCACCAUUGUGGAGCUGGGAUCCAUAUUUCAGCAGCUGGCUCAUAUGGUGAAAGAACAGGAAGAGACUGUACAAAGAAUUGAUGCUAAUGUCGAGGACACUCAGCUGAACGUGGAUCUCGCGCACACAGAGAUACUCAAAUAUUUCCAGUCUGUGUCCAACAACCGCUGGCUGCUCAUCAAGAUGUUCCUAAUCCUCAUCCUUUUUUUCAUUGUCUUUGUGGUUUUCAUGACCUGA